AUGGCUGAGGUUGUCUUUAAGCUGGAGUCUAUUCUGUCACAAGAAAGGGAAAGCAGCAAUUCUAUCGUUAAUGAAGAAAGGUUCAUUUACAAGGUAAGGGCUUUUUUUACAGGCAAAGUUGACAUUAUGUCGGAUGGUGCGGUAGGAAGCAAAUCUAUGAAGCAGGAUGGUAAAGUUGUUAGCAAAUCUGAUUUUAGUGCUCACCAUAUCAGAAAAUUCGCAUACAAUGAGUUGGUAAGUGCAACAAAUAAUUUCAAAGACAUGGAGCGUUGUCCAACUUCUUAUACAUCCAUUUACAAAGGUUGGGUUGAUGAAAAGUCAUAUGCACCAACAAAAUGUGGUAUUGGUUUGGCGAUAUAUGUUAGGGAGGAGGAUAUUCUAACCUGGAAAUGGAAGGUACUGAACUACAUUGGCAAUUUGGCUGUGCAGUUGGACUUGAAACUAUUAGAAUUCAGUCAUCCCAAUAUUACCAGACUCUUGGGAUAUUGCUUGACUAAUGUAACUAUGUUUUGGGUAUAUGAGCUGAUUCCAGGGAUAUGGUUAGAUGAUCAUCUAUUCAAAGAUUGGAUACAUGUUAACUAUUUUGAUGCAGCACCAGAUAGAACUCCACUUUCUUGGGCUGCACGAUUGAAAAUAGCACAUGGAGCAGCUCAAGGCCUGUCUUUCUUCCAUCAGAGGAAUCGUCCAGCUUAUAACAAUUUUGAGGACAAUUUACUUGCCCCACGUGGCUUCUCUACAUUCGAAAGAGACAAAUUGGAUGGUCUUUUUGGACCUGUGCGUGGAGAUGAAUCUGGAGUGCAGAAUGAGAUCUAUGCUUUUGGAGUGGUACUAUUGAAAAUGCUAACUGGGAUGAAGGAGUAUGAUGAAAGGAUACCCCUCGAACAGAAAAAUUUGAUGGAAUGGGCUACUCCAUUGCUAACAAAUAAGGUAUAUAGUAUUAUUAACAUCCGAACACUCUUUCUUACCAAUUUAAAGCUGAAGCUUCAUCUAAUGAACGCAUGCUCUAAUGAGUUGUAUAAAUUACGUAUGCCUCCAUCUCUUGAAGUUGAUUCUAAUCCACAUUUGUUACAAACCAAUGGCAUCAGGCAGAAAAGGAACUUGCAGACACAAAGUCAACCUUCUUCCCCUGAAAUUACAAAUGCUGAAGAUUUCAGGCCUUGA